CCGGGAACUGGCCCAGCGCGCGUGACAUCCAAGGAAACUUGACACACGGACUGACCCGAGGAGCGGUGCAGCUGCGCGUGCGGCCGAUCCUUGUUGACUCAGAGCGCGUUUUUUUUUUAUUAUUAUUUGUUGUGAAGCUCACCUGUGCGUCGCUCAUGGAAACCAGGCAGCAAGAGAUGUACUCUAGUGUUCUGAGUGGAUCAGUGGUGGACUGGGGCAGCAUGGGCCCCGGAGAGGAAUGGGUUGAUUCAGCCAUACACGAGGGAGAGCAGGGUUUGAAUCAAGGUAAGCUUUACCCCUCUGAUGAGGAGUCCCUUAGGAAAAGCUCAUAUGGUUUUACCUCCGUCGUCCAAAAUGGGGAAAACCUGACAGAAUGGGGUAAAACUUCACCCUCAGGGGACAACCGGUGGGGUCACACAUCAGUGUCUGACACCUGGGCCACGUCCACCGCUUGGGAUAUGCAGCUGGACAGCACAGAGAGGGGACACCUCACCGCAGGUUUUCUAGAUUCGGAGCCACUGAGAGAGGCUGAUGAAGACUUUGUGUCAGACGUCAACCUGAGCGCCUCCAUGACGGAGGAAGAGAGGGAGGAGAUUCAGCAAGAGUUAGCUAAACUGGAAGAGGAGAUCGGCACACUGAGGCAGGUUUUGUCUUCCAAAGAGAAGCAGCAUGCGGAGCUCAAACAGAAACUGGGCAUCACUCCUCUGAGCGAGCUCAAAACCAACUUCAGCAGAGGCUGGCACGACAUGCAGAGCUCAGUAGCCUACAAGAAGACAUCAGAGACGCUUUCCACAGCGGGACAGAGAACCUCGGCAGCCUUCAGCACACUCGGCAGCACCAUCACCAGGAAGAUUGGAGAUAUGAGAUCCAACUCCAUAGGUUACUCUAUCAAACACUCUAUGAGCAUGCCCGCUAUGAGAAACUCUCCCAGCUUCAGGUCUUUUGAAGAGAAAGUUGAGAACACAGUUUCCACUAUCAAGACAAAGGUUGGCGGCACCGGGAGUGGGGGCAGCUUUGAGGACGUCCUGUCAUCCGCAGCGCACGCCAGCUCACAGGACACGCCCACCAACAACUUGAUGGACAGCUCUGGGAGGCAGUGUUAAGGCUCCACCCGGACCACGAGCCAGGGCUUAAACGGGAACUCCGCUGCCGAUGUGUCGCAGCACUUUAACUCAAAGCUCUGACUGAAACCUUUUGAUCCUUAGUGUCAAGGCGCUUUUGCAGAAUACAGAUUGUCUUAAAACCUAAAUAAUUACAUUUACCCAAAAUGACCCCUAAGGCUGCAGUCGUCUUCUUUUAUUUUAAAAGAUCAACUCUAAACCUCAUAUGAUACGGGGACUAAUGAGAGCAAGGAGCCUAUAAUGUUUUCCUUCUAUUUAUAGUGUUGAAGGGUUUUUAGUGGAUUUGAUGAAUGCCAUCUGUCCUCCAGAGGUUUCCUAACCACGUUACACCACAGAUGUUGAUGAGAUGGGGUUGGGGAGGAGCAGCUAGCAGAUAGGCCUUAAAUGACCUGAAACACGACAUGAAAAGAGUCUGAGCUGAUUACACAUCAACUUCAGGAGA